GUCAGAGUGCAUCAAUCAUAGCAUUGAACAAUUUUGUACGCAUGACGGCAGCUGGCACUUUAUCAAUUUCGUCAUCCCUAAUGGAAAAACAAUUAGGAACUGGGUUGAUGUUUACUCUCUUGAGCGGAAUAUGUUUUGCCAGUAUUUCACUUUUAGUGUUGGUUUAUAUUAAAGGAAAAACUUGGCAAGAACAACUUAAAGUUUGA